AUGAACCGCAUGCUUGACGUUUCUCAAAUGGAAAUCAUGGUUAUGUUAGCAACUCACAUGGUGCGAUCGUGGAAGAGUGCGAAUCGUACCUGGACGGAACAGUACCAGUACUUGUUGGCACUGCUGCGCCACGGCGCGUUCCGCCGGAACCCCAGAUAUCCAGCGAGGGACCUGGACUGGUUCGGGUUCUCGGAGGUCUCAGGCAAGGAGAAUUAUGCUGUCGUCGGCGCUGACUUCAAGACAUGGGGGCUGCGGUUUUGGCAGCGACUCUUUGCCGUGUGGCAAAUGAGCAGCGGGGACUGGACCGAAGUGUUCAAGAUGAUCGCGCUCAGCGGGGAGCUGGAGGAUAUAGCCCUCGUCUACUUCGAGAAGAUGCUGGCUGGGCGGACGGCUGUGUCAAACGCGCUCGAUCACACCAUGAACAGCAUGCUCAUACUGUACAUGGCGCCGAUGUCAUCAGCCAAGAGCAUCGAGCGAAUGUCCAAGGAGAAAAGCCCGAUCAAGACCAUGCCCGAGCACUACCAGAUCUUGGUGUCGGCGCUACCGUUCGUCCAGAACGCAAUGCUAAUGCACCUCAUUACACAGCGCACGGAUCACCUCCAACAGGCCGCAGGGCUCAUCUCUUUUGCGAUCGAGUACGAAGCCGAUCCUGGACAGCGGGUUCAGCGUGCAUCUAUCAAGAUGCUCAAGGACACAGUGGACUGCGAUCCAAUAUGCCGCGUAGCUAACGGCGGAAGCUUUUAUAUAAGCAUGGUGGGGACAGUCAAGCUACGGACAAUCAUCGACGGAAACGAGGUCGUCUACUGGACCUGUCAAAUGUCUACUACUCGGACAACCUAA